AUGACAUCCUCGCCUGAAUGGGAAAAGAUGCUUCGCGGUGAAUGGUAUCAUGCGGGAGACGAUAUACUACAAAAGAAUCGAUUACGCUGCAAAAGAGCAUGUGAAGAAUUCAACACAGCAGCAUAUGCUUCGCGCCGUGAGAAGGUCAGACUAUGGAGAAACAUCAUUGGAGAUACUCGGUUACUCCCGGCAGAGGCAGCAAGCCCCAAGAAAGACGAAGCUCUGUUUGAUGAUACAGAUCCAUAUGUCGACGGCCCAAUUUCUGUUGAUCAUGGCCUGAAUUUCAAAGUGGGAAAAGGAACUUUCCUCAACUUCAAUCUCGUCGUUCUUGAUACAUGCCUAAUCACCAUAGGUGAGAAUGUGCUUUUUGGGCCCAAUGUGAGCCUAUAUGGUGCUCUUCAUCCUAUGGAUCCAGCAGAGCGUCGUGGACUCAAAGGACCAGAAUCAGGGCGAGAAAUCCAUAUCGAGGAUGAUGUUUGGAUCAGCGCGAGUGUUUCAAUCCUAGGUGGGGUGCGAGUUGGACGUGGGAGCACAGUGGGCGCUUGUUCAGUCGUUACCAAGGAUGUUCCACCUUUCCAUUUCGUUGCCGGAAAUCCUGCCAGAAUAAUCCGACGAAUCAAAUCGAUAAUGGAUCCAGAGUCUGAUGAUAGCGUGCCUGGAAAAGAAGAU